AUGGCUUCACGAAAAAGAUGUGGAAAGAUUCUUCACAGUGAUGCAAGUGACAUUGUUUACAACGUUAUAAAAUACUUUGACGAAGAGAAGAACUUGAAGCGUUAUCAUCCGUUAAAGUAUAGCGCCGCACGUGCAGCGAUGGCGACUAAUUUAUCGAGGGCUACUAUAUCGAAAAUAAAGAAAGAAGGUCAACUUGCAGAACAAACCAACACCAAGCUCCGUACGCCGAGCAAGGGCAGAAAAGGCAAAAAUAAUACGCGUGUCCCCAUGGAGAACUUCGAUAUAUGA